CUCUGCUCUGAGAGCCCGGAAACUGGUGACGGGAGUGUCUGCGGCUGGGGCGUGUGUGAGGGAGCCAGGAGGCUCUGGGUGCUGGUUAUUGGGCCUGAGUGUGAUGGACCUGGCAGGCAAACUCAUGGGCGGGGGCUCUGGAAGCGGGAAGGGAAUCCCCCAGACACACCUGCUGGAGACCAUGGCUGCAGGACUGAGCUCAGGCUAGUGACAGAAAUCUCCAUCUGGGGAGGCCGGGAAUGGGACAUUUCCCCCCUGGGGGGAGGGGGUAUCGGCUCUGAGCCAGGCAGGGGGCUUGCUACGGGGACCGCCCCCCACUGUCUCACACCGGAUCUCUCCCAGCCCCCGGAGGACAGGGAGGCGGUGGCUGAGUCACCCCAUUUGGCUGGGGCUCUGGGGCUGGCUGUUCCGGAGCCGGCUGUGCUGGCAAGAGCCCAAGCAGAGCCAUGUGGAGUCGGGGGAGGGAACUGGACCCCAAGGGAAGCUGGGUCCCUCCACAUGCUGCUGGGAGCUAACUUCCCUAGUAACGCUUGGGGGAGGACAGAUCCAGCUCUUCAGGGGACAGAUGAGUUCACGGGGGCUGGGAGCCAGGACUCCAGGUUCCAUCCCAGCUCUGUCAGGGGAGUAGGGUCUAGUGGUUAGAGUGGGGGGCUGGGAGCCAGACUCCUGCUCUGAUCAUUGAUAGUUUUAUUACUGAUAUGGAGGUGCAAAGUGGCUGAGACUGGUGAAUUCCUGUCGGCUUUGUCACCUCUGGGGAGUUUAUCAAGCAGUGACUGUUAGCAGUAGGGUCUGUCUGUUCCUCCCCACCUCCUGUAUCCAUGAGCCAGCCAGUCCCCUGGCCCUGGGGCUGGAUUGGAGCCAGCACCGCAUAGAGGGGAAGGCACCAUGUCCCAUUCUCUGCCCUGGGGCCAGAGAGGAAGGGUGACUGAAUGGGGAGCUGAGAAGGUGUGUGUGUGAAUGGGGGAGGGGGUGUAUCUGGGUGGGUGCCCCAGUGGGUGGGACUGGCAGAUGCUUCUCUCCGGCUUCAUCAGCCCUCAGCUGGGGUUCCCCUGUACAAAUUAGCAGGAUGACUGCUGAUCUGCAUAUGUACAUAAGAUUGUGUCAGUUGGGCCAGACACUGCAUGGGUGAUCAUGUUCUCAGGCAGCCCCACUAUGGGCUUGUGUGACCCCCUCUAGCCUGCUUCCCAUGAGGGGAGCUCUCCUGGGAACUCCAUACCCUUCCCUCAAUGAAUGGGUGAGCCCCCAUGGGAAUGUGGGGAUGGAUCCCUGUAUAAACAAUCCUUGCACCCUAUCCCAGAGGCAGCUGCAUCUCAGCACUGGGUGAGAGAUACCUGGAUACACUGCUCUCAUGUCCCACCCCAGAUUCAGCCGUGUCUCAGGGCUGGGCUGGGAGGAUCUGUCUUUCUCUGCAGCUGUCUCUGAUCCUGCUCUCCCCCCACAGAUCAUCGCUUUUGACGAGCUGCACACAGACUUCAAGAGUCCCAUUGACCAGGGGAACCCGGCGAGGGCACGAGAGCGAUUGAAAAACAUUGAGCGGAUUUGCUGCCUCCUGAGAAAGCUUGUGGUUCCUGAAUACUCCAUCCAUGGGCUCUUCUGCCUCAUGUUCCUGUGUGCAGCCGAGUGGGUCACCCUGGGCCUCAACAUCCCUCUGCUCUUUUACCACCUCUGGAGGUACUUCCACCGCCCGGCAGACGGGUCUGAGGUGAUGUACGAUGCCGUCUCCAUCAUGAAUGCCGACAUCCUCAACUACUGCCAGAAGGAGUCGUGGUGCAAACUAGCCUUCUAUCUGCUGUCCUUCUUCUACUACUUGUACAGUAUGGUUUAUACUUUGGUGAGUUUCUAAGAGGACUGAGUGGGGGACCCCACAAUUAUCUCAGUGGCUGCUCCCGGACUCCUGGGUUCACCCCCAACCAGCUGUUUCUAGGAGAGCGCAAGAGAUGCUGGGAACACAGGGGGGGCCUGAAACUCCAGCACCCCCAUGGAUUUGAGGCUGUGCCCCAUCGCUGGACGACUCGCAGGAUCAGAUGUUGGGCCUUCCCGUAUUAGGGCCACCCCACAUUUUGAGUGACUCACUAAACCCUGCUGCCCCUCAUUUCUGCAGCGCCCGUGAGGAGAGGUGCAUCUCCUCUCAGAUGUACCCUCCCUACAUGUGAGAUGGGGGCCAGGGCAGGAGCGACCCCCUCCCCACUGCAGCUGGGACACUCCCCAUUGUGAGCUUGUCUGUUGGGGGGCAGGGAGAGGGAUGGAGCACCCUGCCCCGCUGUUAAACCCAUUUUAGGGUGCAGGGGAGCUGGGUACUGGGCACCCCUUCCCUGCAGUGACAUUAUAAUGUGGGGGUAGGGGCUCAGGGCUGAUGUUCCCAACACAAGACUGGGGGAUUAUUCUGUUGGACACAUUUACAUCUAAUCCAGGGGAUGUAACCCACAACCUAUGAAGCACAGCCCCUGGCCCCGCACCCCACCCCAGGGCAGGCCCAAACCCCACAUAUGCCAGGGCAUGGCAGGGUAUUUCUGUGUGUUUGUAGUGUUGAAUUUGUUACCAGGAGUUAUUGUCUGGUGUGAGGGCUGGGGGGCCCAGGGGGUGCCUUAACUAGACCCCGGGGAGAAGGCGGUCAAGGCUGAACAAUGACACCCUCACCAGGUCACCCCCCCUUGCAAAUGUCAGGACCCCUCCAACCCUGCCUCCUCAUUACCAAGCUGGGGAAGGAUUUUGGAGUACAUGCAAAUUUGGGCUUUGAGUCCAGAAAAUUGGGAUGGGGUCCCUGUGUCGGGUGACCUGUUAGCUUGCAUGGGGAGUCCCUGUGCAGAGCGCCCCAUUGUCCCACAUGGGGAGCUGUUCUGGGCUCAGUGCCAGUGGUCCUGGGGAGGAAACCCCUGGGCUUAGAGGGAGGGGAUUCCAUGCCCUCCACCUCCACCUGGGGUCAGACCCAUACAGAAAGGGACCCUGGUGCCAGAGCUGUCUAGAGAAGUAUGUGUGUGUGUGAGUGGGAAAUCGCUUCCCCUUGGUCGUCCCCCCCUUCCUCCCCACAGGGCAUUUGUGUAUAAAAGAAACAUUGGAUAAACAAUCCUCAACUUUGUGGCUAAAUAAAAACUUGCAAAAAAAAAAAAAGGCGCCCCAUUGACCUCCUGGUGUCUGUAAGUGGGACACGGGCCAUCAGGGAGCGCUGGCUCCAAUCCGGCCACAGGGUGG